AAGAUGUCAUAGGAUUGGGUGAAUCUCUCGAUUCUUCUUCCGCUAUGCUUGCGCAUGCGUUGUCUCUUGUAAGCGCAACAAGGAAUUCAUUCGCAUGGAAGAUCUGCAGUGAGGAGGUCACCAUGGUGUUGAUGAAUCCUGUAAUUUCCAAGCUGACCGGUAAGCUGGUCGUCCUGGCUAGUGCAUCUCCAAGGAGGCUGGAGAUACUCACCAAUGUGGGUUUACGAUUUGAGGUUGUCCCAUCCUGGUUCAAGGAAACGUUAGACAAGAGGCUGUUCAAAACACCCCAUGAGUAUGCUGUGGAGACUGCCAAGCAGAAGGCCCUGGAGGUGGCCAAGAGGAUGCCGUUUAAACACCUGAAAACUCCAGACAUUGUGAUCGGAGCAGACACUGUUGUUACAGUGGAUGGACUUAUUCUUGAGAAGCCAGUGGACAAGCAAGAUGCCUACCGAAUGCUUUCAAGGUUGAGUGGUAAAGAACACAGUGUUUUUACCGGAGUGGCGAUCAUUCUCUGCCAUGAGAAAGAAGAUGAAGAGAUUGAUUAUCAAGUUAUUGACUUCUAUGAGGAGACCAAGGUGAAGUUUGCAGAUCUGUCUGAUGAUUUACUCUGGGAGUACAUCAAUAGCGGAGAACCCAUGGACAAGGCUGGUGGCUAUGGUAUCCAGGCUCUGGGUGGUAUGCUGGUGGAGUAUGUACACGGAGACUUCCUGAAUGUGGUGGGCUUCCCGCUCAACCAGUUCUGCAAGAAGCUGGGUCUCAUCUUCAGCCCCCCAGGCAGUCUGACACACAACAGCACCCAGAACAGCCCCCAAGGCAGCCCUGUCGACACGGUCCCACCAGCCGAGCCAGCCGCCAGCAGCCCCCCAGGCAGCCCAACCCAUAACGGCCCUCCGGACAGCCAAGGACAAAACAUCCCUUCAGCCAGUACAGCCCAUAAUGUGAAACAGGAGGAGAGUGGGUGUGGAGAGGGCGAGGUGCCCUGGACGUUGGUCAACAACCUGUCUAAGUGCUCUGAGAACGGGGAGGCUGAGCCCCAGGGCAUCAGUGACCCUGCAGCACUAGACUUGACCAGCAGGGGCACCAUUCAGAUGCAGAAUGUGAGGGAGCACGAGACAGAAGACGGCAAGGAAAAGUUGAGCAAGAUGAUCGAGCUCAUGGAUGGAUUUAAAGCCUCAAAGGUGUUGUUCACAGCAUCCAAGCUGCGUGUGUUUGACGUGUUAAGGAGCAGUAAGACAGGGGAGCUGCAGGCUGAGGAUGUGGCCCAGGAGAUCAAAGCAUCUAUUAUGGGGACCGAACGCCUGCUGGAGGCCUGCGUCUCUCUGGGACUCCUGCAAAGAACGGGAAAAGAGUACACAAACACAGCAAUGUCCAGGCAUUUCCUGCUGUCGGACGGUCCCCUCUCUCUGCAGGGGUACAUCCAGCACUGUAACGAACUGGUGUGGCCUCUCUUCACCCACCUGGAGACUGCUGUGAGGGAGGGGACCAACCAGCACGAGAAGGCCUUCGGGAAAACCUCUAACCUUUUCCAGGAUGCCUACUACAGCAGACAUGAAGUGAAGCUGCGAUUCAUGAAGGCCAUGCACAGCAUCGCAAAGGUUUCUGGUAGAGAUGUGGCGACGGCCUUUGACCUCUCCAAAUAUAAGACGGCCUGCGACCUGGGAGGAUGCACUGGGGCCAUGGCGUAUGAGUUUGCCAAAGCACACCCGGGGUUGUCUGUGACCAUGUUCGACUUACCCGAAGUCAUUGAGAUGAGAGGUCACUUCCGGCCACAUGACGCAGAUGACAGAGUAUCUUUUGUAGCAGGAGAUUUCUUCAAAGAUGAGCUUCCCAAGGCAGACGUAUACAUAUUGGCAAGAAUUCUCCACGACUGGUCGGAUGAGAAAGUACACAUUUUGCUGAGUAAAAUUGCGAAAGCAUGCAAUCCUGGCUGCUGCGUGCUGGUGAGUGAGAUCUUUUUGGAUGAGGACAGGAAGGGGCCGAGCAGAGGCCUACUUCAGGCCCUCAGUAUGACCGAGGGGAGACAAAGGAGCGCCUCGGAAUACAGCCUCCUACUGAAGAGCCACGGCUUCACCGCAGCACAAGUCAAACACACACACAACCUCCUGGAUGCCAUCCUGUGUGUCACUGAGUGACUUGGAGACAAACAACCUUGAAACCAAUAAAGAAUAUAAAUCAAUGAAAUGCCUCCCCAGUCUAGAAUCAAACUCUUGCCCCAACCACUAGACACUGAGGCCCUGUUUAAAUACUAAAGGUUCACUGAUCGCAAACUGCUUACAGCCAUCCUGUCAUGUCAGAUCAACGAUUACUUCAAGAAAGGAAGGAAGGACUCUUUUUAGAACUGUUCAAACAGGGCCUCACUCCAUAUUACUUUUACCCAUCCAUUUCAUUUUGAUCUUCAAAGGGGUCAGGAAAUGUUGGGGAAAUGGGGCCAGGGGUUUAUUUUGGAUGAUAGAUUCUGUGACUACGGAGCCGCCACCUCCCUUGGCUGUGAGACAUGUUACUGUUCCCCACAAUGACCAAGACAGUUUAAUUUGACUUUUAAUUCAUUAUAAAAAUGGACCACAAUGUUGUGAAUUUCAAUGGACCACAUUGAAGGCAUUUCUUUCAAACACUGCAAUAUAGACUUUAUCAGAGGUAUGUCUAUGCAGCUGACUUUGAUCUCACAGUUAUCCUUUAAGUCUCUGUCAUUAAGCCAGCCAGGUCACCUGUGAUAUAAGUCAGUAUUCGAUGUCCGUCCAUUUCUGAGGACGCAGGGAGAUGACGUGGAAACCGGCCAAUGGUGGCAACAGUGAGUGCCUUUACCUUCAAGUAGGUUUUGGUAGGCCAGGGUUUUCCCAACUCGGUCCUCGGGACCCCAAAGGUGUGCAUGUUUAGUUUUUUUGCCCUAGCACUACACAGCUGACUCAAAUAAUAAACUAAUCAGCAAGCUUUGAUCAUUUUAAUCUGCUGUCCCGAGGACCGAGUUUGGGAAACGCUGUACUAAGGGUGUUGGGGAUGAGCGUAAGCCUAUCCCGAACCUUAACCCUUACCUUAACCAUUUGUAGAUAAUGCCUGAACUUAACCAUAACAAUUCAGAGUUAAUACCUAAACUUGACCUUAAUCACUUAAAAAUGUGAUGGUUGGAACAACUUCUAAAUUUGACGUUUGAGAAACAUGGAUGAACUUCUAAUUCUGAGACUGAGAACUGGUAGCAUAAAACUGUCAUGACAGCUGAUGACAGCAAAGACAACCAACAUUGUUUAACUGACCACUUUCCCAACAUUUUGAGACCACCACAACACUUCGUUGUUUGUCGUUUGACAAUUUUCCUGUCUGAAUUGUUUCAAUAAUUAAAUAAAUAUUUUGUCAAAUAA